AUGGAGAGUAUACUGUCACCGCCACCAUCAUUUUGCUUCGACAAAAAUGCAUGGGAUAUCUCGAGCCUUAACGAAAAGUGGGUAAAAUGGAAGCGAAGUUAUGAAAUAUAUAGUAAAGCUUGCGAAAUAGAUAAAAAACCAGUGGAAAUACAAGUGAAUAUCCUGUUACACAUUGUGGGUGAGCAGUGUCGAGAAAUCAUAGAUAGUUUACCGGAGAAAUGUAUGACUAUAGAAUAUAUUUGGAAAAAACUAGAUGAACAAUUUCAAACAAAGAGGAACGUUACUGUCGAGCGUCAUAAAUUCUUUAUUCGCGAUCAACAGGAGAAUGAAUCUAUUGAACAAUACGUUUUCGUACUUGGGAAAUUAGCGCAAACGUGUGAAUUUCGAGACUUUCAUGAUGAAUUGAUAAAAGAUCGAUUGGUUUGUGGUAUUUCAAGCACUACAAUUCGUGAACGUUUGCUUAGGGAGGAAGACUUAUCGUUAAAAAAAGCAAUGGAUAUAUGUCGAGCGGUAAUAACAUCACGAACAUAUUCGGAAAGGAUUAAACCUGAAAGUGAGGGAUCAGAGUUAAGUGUGCAUCGAUUAAAUCAAUCACAAAGAAACGUGUCAUUUAUGGGGUCUAAGCUGACGUCAUCGCGCGGGCGAGCGAGACGCGCGGGAUGCGAGUUGGAAGCGGAGCGACGAGGCGGUGCGGUGCGGGGCGAACGCGGGGCGGAGGCGCGCUCGGUGCGUGCGAGCGUACCGCGCGGCCGCUCCCAUGUGAACAGUGGAUACAACGUCGGGCAGCGGCGAUCGGUCCCGGGUUCAAGUACGCAGUGUAAUUAUUGUGGAAAUGUGCAUAAAAAGUUUGAGUGUCCGGCUUAUGGUCAAAAAUGUGCGCGAUGUUCAGGGAUGAAUCAUUUUGCUCGUGUGUGUGGAAUUCAUUAUAUAGUGGAAUCAGAUGAGAAGGUAAUUUAUUCAUUAAAUAAUAGUAGUGAGUGGAAUGUUAACUUAAAAAUAUGUGGGAUAUGUAUUAAUUUUAAAUUAGACACAGGUGCUGAUGUAAAUGUUUUACCAUUAGAAUAUUGUAAAAAAUUGAACAUUUCUCAAGAUUGUUUAUUGCAAACAAAUACUAAAUUAAGUGGUUAUUCUGGUGCAAGGAUAGAUGUUCUGGGGAAAAUAUUUUUAAAUGUUACCUAUAAAAAAUAUAUUUAUAUGCUCGAGUUUAUAGUGGCCAGAGUGCAUUCAGUCCCCAUUUUAGGCCGUCAUGCUUGCACGGAAUUAGACUUGGUUAGGCGUGUCAUGUCUGUACGUAGUAGUGAUGGUAAUCCAGAUAUUCUUACUAAAUUUGAAGACGUGUUUCGUGGCCUUGGCUGCUUACCGGGUCAAUACAAAAUUCAUUUAAAAGAAGAUGCUAAGCCUGUUGUUCACGCGCCUAGAAAGUUGCCGUUUGCUAUUAAGGAAAAGGUAAAGAAAAAAUUAAUGGAAAUGGAAUCACAAAAAAUUAUUGCUAAAGUUGAGGGUCCGUCAGACUGGGUUAGCAGUAUAACGGUAGUUAAAAAACCUUCUGGUGAUUUACGCAUAUGCUUAGAUCCGAAGGAAUUAAAUCGAGCGAUUAAGCGGGAACAUUUUAGAUUACCGACAUUAGACGAGAUUGUAGCAAAGUUAUCGGGAGCUAAAUAUUUUAGUACUUUAGAUGCAUCAUCAGGUUUUUGGAACAUUUCUUUGGAUGAAGCUAGCAGUGCGUAUUGUACGUUUAAUACUCCGUUUGGUAGGUAUAAGUUUUUGAGAAUGCCGUUUGGAAUUUGUUCAGCAUCUGAAGUUUUUCAUAAAAAAAUGAUUGAGAAUUUUGAUGACUUAGAGGGAGUUUGCAUGUACAUGGACGACUUGCUAAUAUACGGGUGUAAUAAAGAAGAACAUGAUGAAAGAUUGAAGAGAGUGUUAGAAAGAUAUGACAGUCACAUGACAGCUAUUACUAAAAUGCCCAUCCCUAAAAAUAAAAAAGACAUAGAAAGAUUCUUAGGUCUAGUUAAUUACAUAGGUAGCUUUAUCCCUAAUUUAUCAGAUAGAGUUUAUCCUUUGCGUGAGUUGUUACAAAAUAGUAUUGAGUGGCACUGGGAUGAAAGACAUGAUAAAUGUUUUCAAGAUAUUAAGCGUUGUUUGGCUAGUCGUCCUGUUUUACAAUAUUAUGAUCAAAAUAAAUCGAUUACAAUAUCAGUUGACGCGAGUAAGAGUGGAUUAGGUGCAUGUCUGAUGCAAAAUAAUCUGCCAGUGUGUUAUGCUUCGAGAGCUUUGACUAAAGCUGAACAGAGAUACGCGCAAAUAGAGAAGGAGCUGUAUGCUUGUGUGUUUGCAUGUGAGAAGUUUUAUGCGUAUAUUUAUGGAAGGUCAGAUGUAACGAUCGAAACCGAUCAUAAGCCGCUGAUAAGUAUUAUUAAUAAGCCUAUUACUGACGCACCAGCACGAUUGCAAAGAAUGUUAUUAAGGUUGCAACGUUAUACAUUUAAACUGAUAUAUAAGCCCGGUAAACAACUUUAUAUUGCCGACGCGCUAUCGCGUGCAUAUGAAACGGCUGGGACCGCAGUUUUGCAUUCGAGCCGAGAUUCUCUUCACGUCGAGGUGUGCGCAGUCACUCGAGAUGCGUCGUCCGCGCUUUCACAAUACUUUGAUAAUGCACAGUUUAUAGCUUUACAGAAAGAAACAGAGAGAGAUAGCGAACUACAACAGGUAAUUAAAUACAUAAACAAGGGCUGGCCUGAGGAAAGGCAUUGUGUUACGGAAUUAGUUAAACCAUUUUGGCAUUACAAAGAAAGUUUAUACUUUGCGUAUGGGUUAAUAUGGAAAAAUGAAAGGGUAGUAGUCCCGAAGAUCUUAAGAAAAGAAAUGUUAAAUAAAUUACAUAUAGGUCAUAUGGGUUUAGAAAAAAGUAAGUUACGGGCUAGAGAAACAAUAUUUUGGCCGGGUAUAAAUAAUGAUUUAAGUAAUUUAAUAAAUAGUUGUGAUGUUUGUUUGGCUCAUAAAAAAUUAAAUCAAAAAGAGGAAUUGCAAUCUCACGAAAUCCCUGAUAGCCCGUGGAUUAAAGUUGGUGUUGAUUUGUUUCAAAUUAAGGGUUUAAAUUAUCUUAUGGUAGUUGAUUACUACAGUAAGUUUUUUGAGAUAAUUGAAUUACAGUCAACGGAAUCCACAUAUGUUAUUAAUUGUUUAAAAAAUGUUUUUUGUCAUCAAGGAAUCCCGAUUAUAUUAUUUUCUGAUUGCGGUCCGCAAUUUAGUUCUAACUACUUUAAGGAUUUUGCAAAAGAAUGGGGUUUUAAGCAUAUAACUUCUUCGCCUCAUUAUCCACAGUCGAAUGGUCAGGUUGAACGUAUGAUUCAGACGGCAAAACGCAUAAUAAUUAAGACAAGAGAAACUGGCUCAGAUUAUCGUUUAGGUGUUUUAGAAUAUUUAAAUACUCCGCUGGCAAAAGAAUUACCCUCUCCAGCAGAAAUAUUACAAAGUAGAAAAUUUAGAAGUAUUCUUCCGAUGUCGAAAAAAUUACUUAAGCCAAACGUUCAUAGAAAUAUAAAACAAAAAUUAUUACAUAGGCAAAACAAACAGAAAUUUUACUACGAUAAGAGUGCAAAAAACUUAAAAGAAUUGAGUAAGGGUCAAAGGGUAAGGAUUUAUGAUUUGCGUAAUAAGACAUGGAUACCUGGUUCGAUAAGCAGUAUAUUAGGUAAUAGAUCUUAUGAAGUGAGUAUGUUAAACGGUAAAAAAUUAAUUCGUAAUAGGCGGUAUAUAAUUUCUGACACGGCAAUAAGGCAUGGCACGCCUCGCUAUAGUUGUCAAUAUGAUGAUAUUAACUGUAAUACAGAAACAAAGAUAGAAACAAAUAACAACAAUUAUGUAACUCGUUCUGGCAGGAUAGUGAGGCCUCCGGAUAGAUUGGGGUUCACAUAA